CAACUGGUGACUCCUGAGACAUAAGCUUCCCUGCUCCUGACCCAGAUACACGUGCACACUUGGAAACACAGCACUGUCUGGUAGAGUGUGACUUGCAUUCUCAGAAUGUGUGAUGAAAGCAAGCCACGACUAAAUAUAUCCCAGCGGUGGCCUCAAUAACAAACACAUCAACUGUAGCCUGCAAGGGAAGAGGGUCUCAAAGACUGUUUUUGAGACACGUUUUCAGUUGCCACUUAGGCUAUUGUUGUUUUUGAAGUCAUGGAAGCAAUUGACCAAAUGGACGAAGAUCAACUAAUCAACUAUGCCAUACGUCUGAGCAUUCAAGACACUUGCAAAUUCCCACUGCUUAGAUCAAUAGAGAGUUUCCCCACAGCCAGUGAUGAAUACUUGAGGGUCCUCACGGCCAUUGAGGAAGGUGACGCAUUCUCAUUGAAGGGGCUGUCACGCUUCAGCUUUGUCUUUAAGGAGAGGGACAGCAGGGGCUGGCUCCCCAUGCAUGUAGCCGCUGUCCAGCCACUGGCCAACGUUCUGGACAUAGUACUGAUAGCCUCACAUGAACUGACCAUGGAGGAGAAGACCGCAGACGGAGAGACUGCCCUCAUCCUGGCCACCCGGGCUGGAUUCCUGGAGAACGUGAACAUCUUGCUUCAGCAUGGAGCCUCCCCCCACAACACCAACGACAAGAAUGAGACUGCACUCCUGCUCGCCGUGAGGAACAGCUCAUACGAUAUAGUGCAGGAGCUCCUCAUCGGGGGCGCCUUUGUGAACCAGGUGUGUCUGAAGAGCUGGACAGCCACUCACGAGGCAGCCAAGGUGGGCUGCUGCGACGUCCUGAUGCUCCUACUGAGGCAGGGGGGCCACGUGAACGGCCGGGACGGGCACGGAGUCACACCGCUGGGGGUCGCCGCCGAGUACGCCCAUCCAGACGUCCUGCAGAUACUCGUCGCUCACGGUGGCGACGUGACUGCACAGGCUGCCAAUGGGGACUCAGUGCUGUAUGAUGCUUCUGGCUCAGGAAAUCUGGACUGUAUGAACUUGCUACUGGAGCAUGGUGCAAAUCCCAAUGUGGCCAGCAUGUGUUCCCAGCUGCCUAUCCACCGCGCUGCAUAUGAAGGACAUUAUCUGGCCUUGAAGACUCUGAUCCCUAUCACCACCAAACGGGCCGUCCGCAUCUCGGGCAUGAGCCCGGUGCACUCGGCCGCCGACGGGGGCCACGCCGACUGCCUGCAGUUGCUGAUCGAGCACGGCUUCGACGUCAACCCCGUCCUGGCGACGUUCAUCUCGGAGAAGUACGGCGACAUGCGCCGCAGCGCCCUCUACUUCGCCGUGUCCAACGGCGACGUCACGUGCGCCGAGACGCUGCUCCGGGCAGGCGCGCGGCCUGACCAGGACCCUCUGCGCUGCCUCAUGGUGAGCGUGCGCGCCCGACGCUACGAGCUGACGAGCCUGCUGCUCAAGUACGGCGCCGACAUCAACUGCUACUUCACGGCGCUGUACGACACCGUCUUCCCCACAGCGCUGCAGUAUUGCCUGGGCGACGAGAUGAUGAUGCGCCUGCUGCUCAACAAUGGCUACGACGCCGAGAGCUGCUUUCGCUGUCACCACCGCGAGGGCUGGCUCGAGGCCACCGUCUGGAAGGAAGUGCACGCCAUGCUUUACAGCUAUUGCGCUGACCCAGAAAAACUAGCUUUCUGUGAUUUCAUCGGCGUGCCCUCGAUGGCCCACUCCGCGGGGCGAGUCGUGCAGAUCUUGCUCGACUACGUACGACACGUCCCCCUGUGUCACCGGCUACAAACAAUUCUUGAGCAUCAGCAAGAGUGGCCAGAGAUUUGUCACACGCUCAGAAACCCACGGUCCCUGCAGCACCAGUGCCGACUGGUCAUCAGGAAGCACAUGACUACGAGAAGGCUAUCCGACCCCGAGUUUAUGGAGACCGUCCCGUUUCCCCCCACAAUCAAGAACUAUCUGAUCUACAAAGAGUAUGACCUUUAUGGCAAUAUGUAAUUCAAGAAUAUAUGUUUUUGUAUAGCAGUGAUUUUGCACAAGUGAGUGUGGGAGUGUAUGAAUUUAUUUCUGUAAAAACAAUAUUUUUGCACCAGUUUGUAUAUUCAACAGCAUGAUGGAUGUAAAUGGAUUGUAAAUUCUACUGAAUAUUAUAUUAUUUCAAUUUGAAAUAAAAUGUUGAAAUCUA